AUGUGGUUGGAUUUUUGGUUACCAAAUGGCCCUAUUAUACAGCAGCUCAACCUAACUGAAUUGGAAAAUCUUCAACUGGACCCUCAGGAUUUCAACUCUCAGCUGCAAUCUAUCCCUGCACCAACAAGUGAUAAUGACCAAAUCCAUUGGCUCCCAAGUAUGGCAAAGGAGUAUUCCCACAUGCACACUAUGGACUACUUCUCUCCUCCCUCUUUUGUAUUUGCUUGGACUCACCUAAUAUGGUUCAAACACUAUAUUCCCAAAGAUGGUUUUAUUGCAUGGUUAGCACUGAAGGAAAGGCUAGCAACACUGGACACAAAACCAAUGAUGAAGAAACACUAUACAAAUGCAUGCUACUUAUGCCUUGCUGAUUGUGAAGCCGUGGAUCAUUUAUUCUUCAAGUGUAAGUUCAGUAGUACCAUUUGGGAUUAUGUACUGCAUGCUGUAGGUUUCUAUAUCAAACCAGAUUCAUGGAGGGACCUGAUUGCUUGGUGUUCAUCAACUUAG